UUCGAGGUAUACUUACGAGAGCGCACGAGCCUCUAUCCAGCGGACGAACGAACGAACGAACGAUCGAGCGGCCGACCGAUCGAGCGGCCGUCCGAUCGAGCGAACGAAGUGGGACCGUAGAAAAUAAUUGGAGGUGGGGGCUGAUUCAAGAAUCGACGUGGACACCCUCGCCUUCCAAAGUCAUUCACCUAACGGUCAUCGCCGCGUCAAGAAUCUUCUUCUUGUUCUUCUCCUUCUGCUGUCAUGUCUUCCGUUAUUCGAUUUGAUGAAGGGGAUGCCUGGACAGCGUAGCGUGUCGUUAAAUAAUUAGUCGAAAGAAGAGCAAACUCAAAGACGGUGGACCCGGUUCUUGUUUGGAGAAUAACCCGAAAGGAUCAAAGUGAUCGGUGUCAAGGUACGAUGUGAACUGUUGUCGCGGGCCUUUAAAUUUUAUUUUUACUUUGCGAAUCUAUGUGAUCGAACUGUUACGGGAAAGAUUACAACUGGUAAGUCGCACAGUGAAAUCGGCUUUAGUGUCUUCCGUAGGAGGAGAGAGUGAGUUUACAAGUGAACUGGAUUUGUCUAUCGGAUGAUUGCCGAUAAGUUCGUGGUACCCGACGCUCCAAGUGAUUGCGUAGAAAUGAUCGUCAGUGUCGCGGAUCUGUUAAACAUCGUGAUGACAAAGUGUCAUGAUGAACGCUAUAUCGUAAUUAAGCAAAGGAUCAUCGUUCGAAGAUGUCUUUGAUGAAUCUCGCGUAAUCGUUUCCGUCUUCAAGAUGAAUCAACAGUGCAAGGUGUGCGGAGAACCCGCGGCAGGCUUCCACUUUGGCGCGUUCACCUGCGAGGGCUGCAAGUCAUUCUUCGGACGAUCCUACAACAAUCUAAGCAGUAUUACCGAAUGCAAAAACGGCGGAGAAUGUGUCAUAAAUAAGAAGAAUCGAACAGCUUGCAAGGCUUGUCGUCUGAGGAAAUGUUUACUCGUGGGCAUGUCAAAAUCUGGUUCGCGAUACGGGCGCAGAUCAAACUGGUUCAAAAUUCAUUGUCUGCUACAGGAACAGCAGCAACAACAACAACAACAACAGCAACAACAACAGCAACACUAUCAACAGAAUCUUCCUAACCAACCACUGACGCAACAACGAAAACCUAUAAGCCCACCCAUUGGAAUUCAUCCAGCCCAACGAAAGGACGAUGUCCUGAUGCUAAGUUUAGACGACUACAAGAACUCGACAUCCCCCAGUAUUAGUUCCCCAGAAUCGCACAACAGCGACAGUUCCGUGGAACUAUCCGAAAGAAGAGCAGCCUUUUCGGGUCAUCCAGGCUUUAGACCGUUGCAUUCACACCUGCAACCCUCCGUAGCCGAUCUGUCAGCGCUCAGCAAAGAAAUGAUGAGUUUACCCCUCGGUUUUCACCUCGGUGGAAUGUCUCUGAUUCCACCCGCCUUUCUACCACCGCCAAGUCUCACCAUGUUCUCACCCUAUCAUUUAUACGCAACGUCACACGGAGCUUCUCACCCCUUGGUACCGAAUCAUUCUUCGAAUCUACUACAACAUUCACCCAUCGUUGAAGACAUAACCAGUCCGAUCAGUCCCUCUACGACGGCUACCACUACCACGACCAUUAGCAUCGAUAGUAAAGACUCGUGUGCAAAUAAUAACAACAACAACAAUAACAACAACAACAACAACAACAAUGAUAGAUAUGCACAUAAUAACAAUGUUCAGACGUCGAGACAGAGUUGCUCGCCGAACGAAGAGACUGGGAGGACGUAUACCAAGAGAGUCUAUCUGGAUGCAGUGUUGAAGAGUCAACGAACACACGCAGAAGGUUCUCCAAUAGCGAAGGAACAUUCGGAAAGUGGUUCGCCACUAUGCAGUCCAGGAUCGGAAACGGACCCUCCACCUCAAGAUAAUCCUAUAGACCUAUCUAUGAAAACGAUGACCACACGAGUUAACGAUACGACGGAAGAAGACGAGAUAGACAUGGAGAGCGUGAGCGAUCGAGACAGUCCCCCCUUAAAGAAGAAAUCAGCGCCCAUAGAUCUAACGACGAGAACCUAGAAUUGAAAUAUCGUUCGUUCGUUGAAAGACGGACGGAACAAUUCGUCCCGAGCGUGGAAAGAAGUUAAUCAAAAACCGGUUGCCGAAUACGGCGUGUGAUAUCGUAAUCAAUUACAUUCUUCUCCUGCCCCGUAACUGACUAUCUGGACGCUUCAACGCAUGUUCAAUAAUGGAGCGAGUUUCUCGGAACCGCACAUUAUCUUUAAUUGCGCUCUCCGACAAAGUAGGAAUUAUCGGAUCGAACUCUGAUCGCGGGAUACGCACGGAGACAAAUCAUUCGCGCCGAAUAGUUAAACGCAAUCCCGCAUAAAUAUCCACAGAGACUGAAAGAAUGAAGGAUUAACGUCUCAAUUCCGGGUAAUCACGGCGAGGAUCGCGAGUCGCCGAUCGAUGGCUGGUUGUGCAAUAACCAAUCGACUUUAACGAGAGUCCUCCGCUUUAAUUAACGAGCGCGCGCGCUCGUGCGGCAAUCACAUGGGGUAGACAAAGACGAGAGACAAGGGAGUCCGGAUGGAGAAAAGAGAAAGAAGAGAAGAGCCCGAGAACCUGGCACUGACGCAUUUGCAGAAGCAGGAGAGCAACGACGGAGUGCAACCGUAGUGCAUCGGUUGAUAAACACGUCAAACUGCAGGGUGCACGUGUUCGGAACGUGCGCUACAAACCGCCGUACACGUGUCGAACGUUACCAACCGUUUUAUCUUACAAGCGUUCGACGCCUGCCAAUGUAAACGCCUCCGUCGCUGCCGCUCUGCCGCCCCUUCUCUGAUUUUGUUCCGCACCUAUUUACACAUCCUUGCGCCUCAGCAAUCUCCACCGAUAUGACAAUUGUAAUCGUGACAGGCCCUGCUCGAUUUUGUUCAUGGCGAUUCCAGAACAUUUCGAUGAAAUUCCUCGGUGCUCUACCACUAUUGAAGGAUCGGGCUCUCGCUGAAACCGCAUGGACGAUACUUUUACGGUCUUACGGUUGUCCAAGCCUAGGUUGCUCGAACACAGAUUUGCUUUUAGUAAGACAUUAGAUCGUGCACGAUUCACGCCACGUCGCGCGAGAUGGAGCUCUUUAAUUCCUUUGAGACGCUUGUGUUGGGUCGGCCCUCUAGGCAAAUUUUCACAGGCCUGACUAUGACAAUAUUUUGAAACAACGAACAAUAUCGUAUAUUUCAAGUCAAUCCGAUAUUUCAACGAAAGUAGUAAAAUCGUAGAUAAUCGUAUAUAAAAGGUAUGUAAAUAUAAAUGUAGUAAAAACGAAUUCAUUCGUACUAAAUACACUUCGUUAAGCACGAACGGUGCGACGAAAAGAUAUUGUCAAUGGUUUUCUACCCUUACCGGUAAUUAUAAAAAUAGUCAACAAAUGGCCAGUAUUUCUUUUAAUGGUUAAUAUUCUUGAUCAUAUUGCGAUACUGAACACAUGCAAUUUUCCGUACUUUACUUGACACUAACCUUACCAGGCCCGGUCAA